CGGCCGCCGCCGCUCCCAGCUCCCCUCUGAUCCAUGGCUGUCUGUCUGUACUUGUUACAGUGUAACCUCCUCCUCCUCAUGAGCGGCAGCAACUUCCCCCUCAGCCAGCCUCCUCCUCUGCUCGGGGACUGCAAAGGGAUGGGAUAGAGCAAAAGCGUCUCCUCGCUGCCUUCCUGCCAGCCCGGGCUUUCCAUUAAAGUCUGGUCCUUGUUCCUUUCUCAGCCUUUUUUUUUUUUUUUAAGAGAAUCACUGACCCAACGCUUUUUCAUUCCUUAAUUAUUUUAUUGCCCCUCCCUCUCACCUCUUCCAGGGGUGGUGGUGGUUUGUGGGUUUAUUUUGGGGAAGGGGUUACUCUUUCCCCUUCUCACCCACCCACCUUCUCAUCCCUUCACCUCUCAAUCUAUUUCUCCCUUAGACUUUAUUUUCUUUUCCCCAUUCCCUCCCCACCACCGCCUUCUCCACUAAGUACCUUUCCCUUCCCAAACUCCCAAUCAUCUACUCCACUGACGCACCGACACCCCCCCACCGCACACAUCCACCCCCUCCAGCCAGCCAGACACCCUCCCUUCCCUACCUCCCAGUGUUGGAGCUAGACUGUGAGUAGAGUUCUUCAGAGAAGGAUAUAUGUUGGGUAAAGGAGGAAAACGGAAGUUUGAUGAGCAUGAAGAUGGGCUGGAAGGCAAAGUUGUGUCUCCUACUGAUGGUCCAUCUAAGGUGUCCUACACCUUACAGCGCCAGACUAUCUUCAACAUUUCCCUUAUGAAACUCUAUAACCACAGGCCGCUGACAGAGCCGAGCCUGCAGAAGACAGUUUUAAUUAACAACAUGUUGAGGCGGAUUCAGGAGGAACUCAAACAGGAAGGCAGCUUGAGACCUGUGUUCAUCACCACUUCUCAGCCAGCUGACACUCUGGGGGACGAUUACCGGGAGGCCCAGCCUGCAUUCAGCCAUCUCGCCUCCUCCCCAGCCCACCCGGCUGACUUAGCAAACACUACGUCCCUAGAGUCUUGCCUCACCCCAGCCUCUCUGCUGGAGGACGAUACUUUUUGCACUUCUCAGGCCGUCCAACCCGACGGUCCUACGAAACUACCACCUCCAACCGUCCAACCAGAAAAGGACAGCUUCUCCUCAGCCUUGGACGAAAUUGAGGAGCUCUGUCCAACACCUACCUCCACUGAGGCAGUAGCAACAGCAGUAGCAGCAGUUGACAGCUCUAAAGAAGGCUCCAGCGAGUCUAGCAUUCAAAAACCUGAGGGACCCCAAGAGAGCCGGACAGCCGACGCAAAACUUAUGGACUCGCUCCCUGGAAACUUUGAGAUAACAACUUCCACAGGUUUUCUGACAGACUUGACCUUGGAUGACAUUCUGUUUGCUGAUAUAGACACAUCAAUGUAUGACUUUGACCCCUGCACUUCUGCCACGGGGGCAGCCUCCAAAAUGGCUCCCGUCUCUGCAGAUGACCUCCUUAAGACUUUAGCUCCCUACAGUAGUCAACCAGUUGCCCCAAAUCAGCCUUUCAAAAUGGACCUUACAGAACUGGAUCACAUAAUGGAGGUGCUUGUUGGGUCGUAAAACCUAUAAAAACCUAGAGACUUUUUCUGUACCAGUAUAUACACACUUGGUAGUAUUUUCACAACCCUACAGAUUCACAGCACUGUGCAUGCAUCGUCCUUGCUUGCCUUUUCCAGAAAAAAAAAAAAAAAAGGAUCACACUAGUACUUUUUGCCUCAA